CCGUCCUUCACUAUUCGACUGAAUUCGCACAAUAACAAACACUUGUUUUGCAAAACGCGCAACUCGUCCCAAACAUUCAUGUCGAUAGAAGAACAUAAUGCACCGUUACAUGAAGAUCGGAUUCCAACAGAAAACCUGGCUAUUGUGAAUGAGACUCCAGCUGAAAAUCCGGAUGUUUUGGCGUUAAGAAGAACAGCCCUUCAUGUUUCUGGAGUGGAUUUUAUGUCAGAAGCACAAAUUAAAGAAUUUAUAUCUACCUAUGUUCUUGAGCAUGAAUGUGUGAUUGAAUGGAUUAACGAUAAUGAAUGUAAUCUGGUAUUCCCGGAUGAAGACGUUGCUAGACGUGCACUUUUCUUGCUUGUGGCCGAGCCAGUUUCUGAAUUUGACGACUAUGCUGAAUACCCUAUGAAAUCUAAUCCAAAUAUCCCCUCUUCCACGUAUCAUAUACGUUAUGCGAGGUACCAGGAUAAAAAAGUAAAAAGUGCUCAUCUAUAUUCUCGCUAUUAUUUAUUUCACGGCGAUCCUCACGAGAAGGAUCGAUCUUCGCAUCUACAGAGAAAAUCCCCAGAUAGCGAAGACACGAAAGGAAAACCCAAUCCUCUUCGCUCACGAAUUGGUCCCAAAGCCUCUCAGCUCUCACUCUUAGAACGAAUUUCCGCUAGUCCAGCAUCACAACGAAAGCGUAGAAGAAACAGACGAUUGAAAAAGAAAUCAGAAACAUAAAAGUAAACUUACAGCUUAAUGAUAUUAGCACUGUUGUAUUCAUAAAAUGUUAAGAAU